GUUUAAAAGCGACGCGAGUACCCGACGCCGGUCAGACAUCUCGAGCUCUGCGAGUGAGAAGUUUGCGAGCAAGCGAGUUAUCACGCAAACCUGAGCGUCAUGGCACUGUUUCCUCUUCUCGGCGGUAACAGCCGCAACUACUGGGGCCCUUCUGACCUGGUGAGGCGCAUCUUCGACGAUGAUUUCGGCGGCUCGUUCCUGGACGGCGAGCUCUUCGACCCGCCGUACUACCACCAGCGUUUCUACAUCCAGCCGCGCCACCAGCAGCCGUCCAACAACGCCAGCCUCGCCCAGCAGGGCACUUCUGUCGCCUGCACUCCGGACAAGUUUGCCAUCCGCGUCGACACCCGGAACUUCACUCCGGAAGAGAUCUCCGUCAAGACUCAGGACAACUGCGUCGUCAUUCACGGCAAGCACGAGGAGAAGUCUGACGACCGCGGCUGCUACGUGAAACGAGAGUUCACCCGCCGCUACGUCCUGCCGGAAGACGUCGAUCCUCAGACCGUCAAGUGUCACCUGCAGCCCAACGGAUUGCUGGCUCUGGAAGCUCCACGCAAGAACGCUCCCAAGGAGCAGCCGAAGGCCAUCCCGAUCCAGGUACAGCACGAAAAAGCUAGCGGCGACGCCAAAAAGAAGUGAGACGCCACGCCACGUUCGCGCUGCCCCUGCUUCUUGUGUGGCCAUUUGCAGUUUCGUUUUGAGGACGGGGGCACGCUCGCCGUGUGCGCAGGAGAAGCUCUCCCACCUAAGUUAAGUGUUCAUGAAAACUUUUCACUUGUGAGUCAAGAAGACUAGUGUGUUCAUUCUCUGUACAUAAGCCAUUGUAUUUAAAUAAAAACUUUCUUCUGGAA